AUGGCUAACGGGGCUGCUCACGUCGAGCACCUGGCCUGGUGGACCCAGCACUUGCAAGACCAAACGAUAUCGCCUUUGACUAGAGACUACCCUGAAGCCACUGCGGAGAAUGUACCCAAACGGCCCAUCGAAGCAGCCGAGUCGCUCGCUGCUCCGGUCACCACCAGAAAUGCCUUGAAGGCACUGUCCAGUCUCGCAUCAUUCACCGCUAUCAUUCAGACGGCUCUCAUUGUUCUGGUGAGCAGAUUAACGGGGGAUGAGGACAUCAGCAUUGGCACUAACGCAAAAACUAACGGCCCUCCAUUUGUCCUCAAAGCAGCUGUUGUCGCUUCAGACUCAUUUUCGCAGCUGCUCAAGAAGGUGCAAGAGCUAUCUGGCCAAGCGGCCGAGAAGAUUGUCCCACUUGCAGAUCUCCAGACAAGCUUAAAGAGACCGGUCCUAUUUCGCUUUGCUGUUAUCAAUAGCAACCAAGAUGGUGCUAGUUUGCCUGGCAGUGCUGAGACAACCGACUUCUUGCUGUCUUAUUCGUGCUCUGCCGAGGGCGAUCUUCGCCUGACGGCGCGGUACAACCAGCGUCUUGUCUCGAGUGCAAGGAUAGCCGGUAUUCUCGCCCAAAUUACGCAGCUGCUGGAGAAUGCCGCCGCCGAUGCCAAUGCUCCUGUUGGGGCUAUCGUGUUCGCCACUCCUCAUGAGCAGGCUCUUAUACCCAAUCCGACCAGCGAUUUGGAGUGGUCGUCUUUCCGUGGCGCUAUCCACGAUAUUUUUGCUGCGAAUGCCGAAGCCUAUCCUGGUCGCACAUGUGUGACGGAGACCAAAUCUGAGGAUGGGCCAGAAAGGCAGUUUACUUACCAGCAAAUAAACGAGUCCUCCAAUAUCCUUGCGCAUCAUCUGGUCCAAGCUGGCCUGGAGAGGGGCGAUGUCGUUAUGAUAUACUCUUAUCGAGGAGUCGACCUAGUAGUUGCCAUCAUGGGUAUCUUGAAGGCUGGGGGCACGUUUUCGGUUUUGGACCCUGCCUAUCCACCUGAUAGACAAAACAUCUAUCUUGACGUCUCAAGACCAAGAGCGCUUGUCAUUAUAGAUAAAGCCACUCAAGAUGCUGGUGAGCUUUCAGAGAAGGUACGAAACUUCAUAAAUGGCAACCUGGACCUCAAGACAGAAGUUCCUGCUCUGCGUUUGCGGGACGAUGGCGUUCUUCAAGGUGGCGAAGUUGCCGGAAAGGACGUUUUUGAAUCUGUCCGGGACCUCAAGGCCAAAGGUCCUGGUGUUGUGGUUGGACCCGAUUCUGUUCCCACUCUCUCUUUCACUUCUGGCUCUGAAGGGAAACCGAAAGGUGUCAGAGGUCGCCAUUAUUCAUUGGCAUUCUACUUCGACUGGAUGGCGGAGACGUUCAACUUGUCCGAGAAAGACAAAUUCACCAUGCUCAGCGGCAUCGCACACGAUCCUAUUCAAAGAGACAUUUUUACACCUCUAUUCUUGGGCGCGCAGAUUCUCGUGCCAUCAAAGAAUGAUAUCCAGAACGAGCUGCUAGCCGAGUGGAUGAAAGAGUAUGGCGCGACAGUGACACAUCUGACACCGGCGAUGGGUCAAAUUCUGGUUGGAGGUGCAACUGCAAAAUUUGAAGAGCUUCACCAUGCCUUCUUCGUGGGGGACAUCUUGAUCAAGAGGGAUUGUAGAUCCUUACAGAGCCUGGCACCAAACGUCCGCAUUGUCAAUAUGUGGGGAACAACAGAGACUUCUAGGGCGGUAAGUUACUACGAGAUACCUUCAUGGAACGAAAAUGAUGCCUUCCUCGAUGGCAUGAAAGAUGUCAUCCCCGUUGGCAGAGGAAUGCAUAACGUUCAGAUGCUCGUCAUAAACCGUUUCGACCCGACCAAGCUGUGUGCAAUCGGCGAAAUCGGAGAAAUCUAUAUCAGAGCAUCAGGGCUUGCAGAAGGAUAUCUAGGGAUUCCUGAGCUUACGGCGAAGAAAUUCGUCAACAACUGGUUCCCUGGUCACGAAAAAGGCCUUGAGUCGGAUAAAGCCAGGUUUGAGCAAAAAUAUAAGCACGAGCCUUGGGCACAGUAUUACCUCGGGCCUCGUGACCGCCUCUAUCGAAGUGGAGAUCUCGGCCGCUAUACACCAACAGCAGACGUGGAGUGCUCCGGCAGGGCUGAUGAUCAAGUAAAGAUCAGGGGCUUUCGGAUCGAACUUGGGGAAAUUGACACCCACCUGUCUCGACAUCCGCUGGUGCGCGAAAAUGUCACGCUUGUGCGAAGAGACAAGUUUGAAGAGCAGACUCUUGUCAGCUACAUUGUGCCCCAGAUGAAAGCAUGGUCGCAAUUCCUUGCCGAAAAGGGCAAAGAGGACCUCCCAGAUGAUGGAACUCUGGUCGGGAGAGUCGAACGAUUCCAACUGCUCCAGACCGAGGUGCAAGAGUAUCUGCGGACGAAGCUGCCUGCUUACGCUGUUCCUUCGGUAAUAGUGCCAAUGAAAGCGAUGCCUUUGAAUCCAAAUGGCAAGGUCGACAAGCCAAAGCUGCCUUUCCCGGACGCAGGAAUACUCUCGGCACGGACGCGGCGGAAGUCUUCCAUGCUACAGCAGCUCACAGAGGGGGAACUAGCGCUCGCACACAUUUGGGCCAAACUUGUUCCAGGACUGAUCCCGCGGACCAUCAGACCGACGGACUCCUUCUUUGCUAUUGGUGGUGAAAGUAUGAAAGCCCAGCAGCUCGCAUAUCAGGUCAGAAGAACGCUCGGGGUGAAUCUGCCAAUCAGCAGGAUAUACAAUCGACACACUCUCAAGGAGAUGGCUGCUGUCAUUGACCAUCUACGAGCAGCUGAUUCUUUGGGCGGUGGAGAAUCUGUCGAGGUCAAGGACAGCUCCCAACCCAAUGGUCUUAAGGCCGAAGACCAAUACGGCAAUGAUGCCCCCAUAAUGGUCAAGUCGCUACCUUCCUCGUUCACUUCUGCUUCUCCAAAUCUUCCUUCAGCGCCAGUGGUGUUCCUCACCGGGGCGACAGGCUUCUUGGGAUCAUUUAUCUUGAAAGAUCUGUUAGACCGCCAAAAUCCUCAAGUGGAGAAAAUCUUUGUCCUGGUUAGAGCCAAAGAUGAGACAGCCGCACUAUCCCGAAUUAAAACAACAUGCCAGGCUUACGGUGUUUGGGAUGAUUCAUGGAAAUCUCGAAUCCACUGUGUCCCAGGCGAACUAGGACCGACGCAACUUGGCAUUCCCAACACAGAAUGGAAGCAAAUCGUUGACGAAGUUGACGUUGUUAUUCACAACGGUGCUCAAGUCCAUUGGAUCAAUACGUACGAAAUGCUCAAGCCUGCUAACGUUCUCGGUACUAUUGAAACCAUGAAGAUCUGCGCGCAAGGCAAACCCAAACUUUUUGCGUUUGUUUCCUCCACCAGCGUGCUGGACCACGAACACUUUGUGUUCGAAUCAGAACGCAUCAUCGCCGCUGGAGGCGAAGGAAUCAGCGAGGACGAUGACUUGAUGGGGAGUCGAAAAGGAUUAGGUACCGGCUAUGGGCAGAGCAAAUGGGUAGCAGAAUACCUUUGUCGCGAAGCCGGACGACGAGGUUUACGUGGCUGCAUCAUCAGACCUGGCUACGUGCUUGGCUCCUCCAAGACUGGCGCCACAAACACGGACGACUUUUUAAUUCGGAUGCUCAAGGGCUGCAUUCAACUUGGGACGCGGCCGAACAUUAACAACACCGUCAAUAUGGUCCCAGUGAACCAUGUUGCUCGCACCGUUGUGGCAUGUGCAUUCCAUCCUCCGUCUCCUCGUGGAGUCAGCGUGGCUCAGAUCACGGGGCACCCAAGAUUGCGAUUCAAUCAAUACCUUGCGGCACUCCAGACCUAUGGCUAUAAGGCGGACCUAACGGAUUACGUUCCUUGGGCUUCCUCGCUCGAGCACUACGUGAGCACGCACGCCGAUUUCGCACUGAUGCCACUCUUCACCUUUGUCGCCAAUGACCUCCCCUCGAAUACCCGCGCACCAGAGCUGGACGACAGCAAUGCGGAGAAAGCACUGUAUGCAGACGAGAAGUGGACUCGAGAAGAUGUUAGUGCGGGAAGCGGUGUCACAAAGCGCGAGAUCGGCCUGUAUCUGGCUUAUCUGGUCCAGAUCGGAUUUCUCCCGCCUCCAAAUGCUGGCAAUGAUCAGGAUGGGGUUAAAAGUUUGCCAGAGGUGACGGUCUCGGAUACACAGCGCGAGGCUUUGUCAAGCGUGGGUGGUAGAGGCGGCUUGGCUUGA